AUGGAUAAAGCGAUUUCCGAGCUUGAGAAUGGACAAAUCGAGCCAAUUAAAUUUGCAGCGAAAGUUUGCGAACAAGGAAACUACCAAGAAGCACUUGAUACAAUUACAGCUCGCAAUCAGGCAUUAGAUCAAGAACUUCGAACAGCUGUUUGUGCAAACAGUGACGAAUUGUUACAAAAUGCAAGUGAUGUCAAAUUCUUACGCGAUAGAGUUACAGCUUUGAAGUCGCAAAUUACAAGAACUCGAAAUGAAACUGAACAAAUUGCAUCAUCCAUCGUCAAUCCUUUCAAAAGAGUACAAACAGCCGCAGAAAAUCUUCAAAAAUCAUACAUUAUAUGCAAAGUUUUACGAACACUCCAAAAAUUCCUCGCUUUAGUCAGACAAUCUGAAAAAAUCACUCCUGUUACAGAAAUUAAAGGAUCAAGCAACGAUAUUCGCCGACUUUGUGAAAUGUAUUUAAUUGCACAGAAAGGAGAAUUGCAAGGAAUCAAUGCUUUCGAAAUAUUUUGGCAAAAAAUGAAACCAUUAUGCGAUAACCUCAUAAAUGUAGCUACAGAUCAAUAUUAUAAAAGCAUACAAACUUCUAAUGUAACAGAAGCGAGUUCAGCUGCAGCAGUUUUUGAUUUUUUAGAAAAUCUUCAACAAAUCUCGAACGAAGCAUACCAGAAAGAAAUAAUUCGAAUGAAUGAUACAAUGAAAGAAAAACUGAAAGAUGUCAAUCAAAGACAAGCCAAUUCUCUUCAAAUUAUUAAAGAUACAAUUUUAAUUUUGCCAAUUUACGCUUCAAGAGUCAAUACGAUCUACCAAACAAUGUUAUCAAGGAUAGCAUUAGGAAAAUCCAAUUCUUAUGACUUAAAACCUUUGGAACCUUUUCAUAUCGUUGAAUCUUUUUCAACUUCAUUCCAAAGCCAAAUAGAAAGCAUUGCAAGGAAAUAUCCAAAGAUAUCAACAGAUAUUUCUACAGAAAUUCCUUCAAUUAGACAAACUUUUGUUUCUGCAAUUGAUAGACUGCCAGAUUCGAUAAAUCGACAAGAUUCUCUUACAGUUUUGUCAUCAUCGAUUGUUCCCUUCCAGGAUUCGUUCAUUUCUACACUUGAUAAAGAGAUGAGACAAAAAUUAUCACAAUUAUUAAAUGGAAAGUCCGAUGAUUUGUCAAUUCUUAAAGUGUUCUGUGAUGACUUAAAGACUAAAAUGCUUUCAUACGAUUCUGGACUUGUUUUGGCCUUGAAAUCUCAUAUUAUUAAAUUAGCUUCAGAUUAUCAAGGUCUCAAAGCAAGAACUGGCCAGCAAAUAUCUAUUGAAGCUAUGAAACAUUCUCCAGUCCUUUGUAAAGGCUUAGUUGAGAUUUGCAACAAAUUUUACCAGGAUGAGUCUGCAAAAGAGGUUGAAAAGAUACUGAAUUCACUUCCACCACCAUCAUCGCCUGCAAAAGGCAGACGUUAA